AUGAGGAGGUCCAGGUCCAGUAAGUUGGUGUUGGUUGUUGUGAGGCUGAGCUUGGGCGUCCUAAUGGCGGCCAGCGCUGCGUCGGCGCUGAACCUGAGGGCACCAGUAGUGCGGCGGCCAUUCAAGCAAGUCCACGUCCUCAACGAGCUCACUGACAACAAGCUCCUCCACGUGCACUGCCACUCCAGGGAGACGGACUUGGGGAGCCAUGACGUGGCAGUGGGGGCAGAGUACACGUGGAGGUUCCGGGCGAGCCCCCUGGGGAGCAGCAGGUGGUCCUGCGACGGCACCACGGACGACAAUCGGCGCGUGACCUUCGAGUCGUACUGGGAGGACGUGGCGCUGGCGAGGAGGGAGUACAUGGGGAACACUUACUGGGUGGCCCAGGAGGACGGCAUCUAUCUCAGGCCCAUUCAGGGAACUAGAGACGAAAUCCAUGCCACCUGGCUCCCUGCUGGGCCCCCUACCGCUCCCCUGCCCCCAGUGCUACACUGA